GGAGUUAAAAAAAUUGAGGAGUCAUAGUUACAGCUUGCUAUAGUAUAAAAACCGAACAGUUUAUUCUCUUCCGGGUAGGAACACGAGAGGGAAGACGGUGAUCAAGCCUCUACAGUUAAUCUAACUUCCUACUACAAGGCAGGAAGCUUACGAGAAGGCGACCACCAAUACACGAGAAAACACGUUGCAUACUUUGGGUCCUGAAGCGACCCCAGGAAUAUGUUGAGCAGCGUUAACUCAGUCCCAGAGGAUUUCUCUGUCAAGUCCCGGCGAAACGUAACUGAACUUGCAGAAUCACUGACCAACGAAAUCAAGCAAGAACCAGGGGCCAUCGGGGAGGUGGUGAACGGUGCUUUCGACUUGAGCACAUCAGGGGAGCAAGCAGCCGACCUCCGUUAUCACAUGUACAACGGAAAGAGACAAGACAGUCCCACAUCGUUCAUCCGCAGCAACCCGGAUCCUUGCCUUGCAUCAGGUGCUACCCACAACGGCAAGCACACCCCAAAUCUGAACGAAAAUCACAACGGUCAAACCGACUUCGGAAUGACUCAACACGGUGCGUUCACCAGUCCUGGUGAAGACUUUGUUGAAGAUCACGCAAUCUCUUCGUUUCUUAACAGCGCUGAGGCUGAUCCAGCACUGCCACCUUCUUCAGAAAUACAAAUAAACUGCAGCAAUCCACGGUCUCAACCACCGCCACCAGAUUUUAGUCCACCAGUUGCGGAAGCUAGGUCAAACGAAAACAGAACCGCAUCUUCAUACCUGCGUACUUCACCCAGUAUUCCAACAUGUGACGCUCAAAAACAGACGAGCAACCUGGCGACAACGAGCGCCCCAGUCCGAGUUGGACAACCACAACUUUCUAAAGUUGUUCGAUCGAGUUCGUUUUCAAAUUACCAAUCAAUGGGUUCUGCGUUCAAACCUGCCUACCAACACAGCAGUUACCCACACCACAAUUACCCUUCCAACUCCCCACAUUACAAUCAUGUUCCAAGUCCACCUGAAAGACAAGGCAACUCCAACAACAGCCCAUCAUCCGAGCACGUUGACCCAAAUCACCCUCAACACCACGGCUACCAGAUACCUGACGCCAACUACGACUUUGACGGCAAUUUCGCUGGCCGGAGGCGCCAGACACCCUCUCUAGAAUCGAACGUAUCAUAUCAACAAAGGGGAUUAACCGGUACACCAAAUGUGACCGAACCAAACUCACAACAAGGAAACGGGGAAGCAGAAACUAAACGAGUUAUUGUACCAGCAGAUCCACUAGUUUGGACGGAGGAGCACGUACAAGAAUGGGUCGAAUGGACGAUUACGGAGUACAAUCUAAGUGACGUCGAUCGUUCCUCAUUCAGCAAUAUCAACGGGCGAGCAUUAUGUGAGAUGACAAAGGAGCAUUUCCACCGAAUAACCAGCGCGAAAAAUGCUGACGUGUUCAUGAGUCAUUUGAAUUACUUGAGACGUCAUACUGGACCUUUGCCCAACCUCAGUUCCGAUGACGUGGAACACAUUAUUCAAGAUGGCGUCUACCCCUACACUGGUGAACCAAUCCCACCAAUCCGUACAGCUAGAAACAGCUUCUAUAAUGAUCCUGCAUGUCCAGACGUGAACCCAACUGCCGCAAGACACGGCAGCAGAUACAUACCUUCCAAUUAUUCAGGACAACCAACCGAAACAAAGGGCCCAAGAAACGCAGUGCCCGUUACGUCUCCCAAUAUAGAUCCGUAUCAACUUUUCGGACCGACCAGUGCAAGACUUUGCAAUCCUGGCAGUGGCCAGAUUCAGCUUUGGCAGUUUCUUCUAGAACUGCUUAGCGACCCUGCAAACGCUGUGUGCAUUACGUGGGAGGGAACAAACGGAGAAUUCAAAAUGGUGGACCCUGAUGACGUAGCACGGCGUUGGGGAGAAAGAAAGAGCAAACCAAAUAUGAAUUAUGACAAGUUGAGCAGAGCUCUAAGGUACUAUUAUGACAAGAAUAUCAUGACAAAAGUUCAUGGAAAGAGAUACGCUUACAAGUUCGACUUUCAAGGUCUAGCAGCUUCACUGCAGCCACAACCGGACCAAUCGUCCUACUCAUUCGGCGGCGACUUUAAACACCCGAUCUACAGACAUGAAAUGCAUUUCCAAGCACCUGGCCAUGCCUAUCCACCGAUGCCACAUCCAGCGCCGCCCUACCAUGGACAAAAACAUGCCUACAUUCCGUCUCCGCCUGCCCGUUCCCCUUCGUAUCCAGGACACCCGGCCGCCAGUCCAGGACAGUAUUCGUGGCAUCCAGAUAUGCCAGCGUAUCCUGCUGUACCGACUCUUGCCAGCCCACACUCUAAUCAACCUUUGCCACCUACUUCCUUCUAUAACUAGAAAUCAAAUGAAGUGGGUAAAUUUCUAAUGCUUAACUUUGAAAAGUUCAUAUUUGCCUGGACACGGCGAUGUACAAGAAUUGAAAAUUGGUGGUGGCUUCACUUCUUAGCUGCGUAUCAGUCAAGUGUUUGUUUAAUUUAUAUGGGAAAUUGAGACACCGCUGGCAACGAUGUUGCUUCGUAGUAUGUGCUGUUUUUUGGUUAUUAUGCAAAACACCUGGUUUGCGUAUCCGUUUUUACACUUUGACCCCAUAUAUAAAGUUCUGCUAUAUGGAAACGCUUAUAAUGGACCUUAACAUUUUCUUUGCUAGUUUGAAACUACUUUAACGGGACAACUAUCAGUUAAAAUUACGUGCCAAGAUAUAAACGACUUGCAACAAAUAGUGGUCGAUCUAUAACUGUUCUGGGUGCUUUAAUUUUGUUAAUACUAGACUUCAAGUGUGUAUGGUAUCUAUAGUGCUUCGAAGCUCAUACUUUCAAACAUCUAUAACGUCUUGCGUGUUGUUGUGCAACACAUUUUACCCGGAACGUUCAUUUCUGAUUUCACUAAAAUAGCACAGCUGUGCUGUUUAAAGGUGUUUCUUUGACCUUUGUCGUAUACCGUGUAUAUACUGUGUGUUUCAGCGUUUAAAACGAGCUUCCUUGACAAUCUUUAACCUUGACUCAUUAUAACUAUCUAUAGUUUUCACUGAAUGGGUCACACCGCUAUAAGUAUGCAUAGCCAUACAUUUCCAUACGAUAAAGGUGCACAUACUUUCUUUUUUUACUUUUUAUGGAAACUUGCUAAUUAAACUGAAACGACAUUUUAAAUUAAAUUCUACCGCCUGCAACAACUAUAAGUGCCUGACAACUAAUUUUCCAAAUCCCCAAGAAAUAACUGCCACCGGCAAAGCCUUUGAACUUUUAAUUUAACCUGUUGUGCCUUUUCGAAUUUUAAAGAUUCAUUCAAAUAGUCUUGUGUUGUUACCAAUGAAGAUAAUCUUACGUUAAAUUGUGUCGUACGUUACACCUAGCAUUGUGCAACCUACCGUAGAGUGCUUAUUUAAUGUCUUACAUUGUAAGAGAGAGUUCGACUGUGGAAUAUUUUGUGUCAGUUUUACUGGGAUUCAAUUUAUUAAUAAAAGCUCACUUACCUCCGC